AUGGAUAAUGUCCCUGAAGGUCUGAGAGAAUGCCGUGAAGAAGUGCAGCAGGCACCCGCCGGGCGAAGCACUCAACUCGCUCGACCCGAAUCCGUAAGACAAAAGCUCCAUUUCGCGUUCGUGCAUGACGGCAAGCAGUUUGCUUUUGAUGAACGGGAACAUCUGCUUGAUGUGGAAGGUGAGCAUUUCGUUCAACAUGAGCGACAGGUGCCUUAUCCCGCACCUUUUUGCGAUAGGUCCGUAUAUCGGGUGGUUCGUGAAGAAGGCGUCCUCCUCUGCAGUGCUGUGGGUUGCGUCAGGAGACCCUGUCUUGUCCUUGCAUACCACGCCAACGUAGCCCCUGCGGAGCUUGUACACCCGGCCCUGCAGCACGUCCACUGCGUUGAAGCCGUCCUCGACCAUGUCGCAUUUGGUUAUUACCCCUAUGGUGCGAAGUCCGUGAGGGUCCACUUCCCGCGCCAUUUGGAGGCUGUCUGA